GCGGCGGUGGUUUUGAUAACAAGUGUCUAAUGUUAUUGUUUUUAAUUAUUCUAACAUCAACAGAUUAUAAAACUGCGGUCUAGCGCGUGGGCGCUUGCAUGUAAAUAAUCUGUACGGAACCGUAAGGAGAAGGCGGCGAAAGUCAGUGUCGGUCGGGACUCCGUUUGUCUUUGUUUGUUGUGUAGCUAGUGGCCUGUCGCUCUAGGUAUCUUCCUAGUUUUGAUACCAUUUUGUUAUAAUAUGAUUAGUAGUAAUCGUUUAAACGCGUCCAAUAUGGAAUCCGUAGUUUGCAAAACGAGAAAAACUUUAUCAAAUUACUCAACAUCAGCAAGAGUAUUCUGUUAAAAAUUUCUGUUCCACCUACUUUUCAAAACUAUUGUUUUAACAAUAAUAACAGCAGUUAUUAUAUUGACUUAAUAAACCACAAUCAACAUGCAAGAACCCGAGGUGGAUUGGCUCAUGUUGGUUGCAAUUGCUGUGAUCUCAGGUUGUAUCGUACUCGGUAUAAUGUUUGUGAUUUGCUGUUUCUGGUCCAAAUGUUUAUUGUUUGAUUGUUGCCGGCCCAAGUACAAUAAUACGUUUAUCAUAUCUUACGAUAAACCAGAAGAAGCAUUGAAUUUACCACCUGAAGACGUAAACAACUCUACGUGUUACUCGCCAGUACGCAUGAAAGUAACCAAGACUUAUGAUUAUUAAAUGCGUACAAGUCUUAUCUUAUAAAUUAAUUUAAAG